UGAAAAAAAUUUUUUCUUUUCUCACUUGACGUCUUGACCUCUGUCAUUCGUUUGAUAUUUAAAUAAAAAAUCCGAUCUAUCCGCGAGUGUUAAGUGAAUUUAAAGUAACAAUGUACAAAAACAAUGUUAAAUACAACAUUAAAAGAUGAUUUUUCAUUAUGAUGAAACAAGAAUUGCAGUUAAAUCAUUAUUUAUUUCGUCUGACAUAACCUUAACGGUCCCUAAAUCGGAGAAGGGCGUUAAACGUAUUAUAUAUAAAAAUGCACAAAGUACAAAAUCAAAGUGAAAAAAAAAUGUCCCAACUACCAGGAUGGUUGUGGCCAAAUUCAAAUAUAUUACCUCCAAUUUACAAAAAAAUUUGGGAAUCCGUUCGCGAAGAUAAAUCACGACCUGGUGUUAUUCUAAGUGAAGUUCUCGUUGAUACAAAUAAAAUUUUUCCACUUCUCCUCACAAGUCAAUUGUCAACUGAAGUUCUCGGCUAUAUUUGGGGUAUUGCAAAUAAAAAAUAUGCUGGUCAGUUAACAGAACAAGAAUUAUAUACAGUUUUAGCAUUAGUUGCACUUGCCCAAGCAUCAUAUCCAUUUAAUAGCAUUGACGUUUUACAUCAUAUUCGAGUGCCACCAAUUCCCAAUCUCAAUAUUUCCCUCUUUGAUUCUAAUAAUCAAUCAAAACAAGAAUCAAAAGUCCUUCCCACUUCUGAAUCUAGUGUACAAAAUUCUUCAAAUUCAACAAAUUCUAACACUAAUGUUAAUUCCAGUUCUAUGUCCCAUUCGAAUUCAUUUUCUCUCUCCCGAUCUGCGAAUCGAACAAAUUCCGCAAUAACAUCAACAACGGAUAAUUUAUUUCAUGAUUCACGCAUAGAGGCAAAAAAUUCUUCAUCAAGUAAUAAUUGUGGUUUUGGUGUUAAUUUUUCCGAGUCAUUGCAAACGACACGUAAAUAUCAUUCGAGCGAUUCAAGCGAUGAUUUCUCAGAGUUUCAAAGUGCACCAUUGCCGACAAUUCCACAAAUUCCCAUGUGGGACUCGCGACAAGGUUCUGCAAUUGGUAGUCGAUUGGCAAAUCAUAAUUUAGGUGUGAAAAAAUCAAUGGAAAAAUUGAAAAAAAAUCCAACGACAAAAAUGCAAAAAUUUGUUAAAGAAUUGGAUUCGUGUCAAUCGACAAAUCACGAGAGAAAUUUUCUCGCUAGCAAUGAUUUACAAUUAAUUGAUUCAGGAAAUACGACAUUCUAUCGUGAUGCAAAUUUUGAUGGUUUAACGGAUUUAUUUCCAAAGUGCAGUCUCAAGAGUCAAUCGAAAACGGUGAUACUUAAAGAUACUAUUAUUCGUAAUGAGCCUACAAAAAGUGUCGAGAUUAGUUCAAAUAAUAUUUCUGAGCAGGAGAAGAUUUCAUCAAAUUAUGUGGAAAAAACUCCAAAUACAAAUAAGUUCCUUCCUGCGGAGAGUGCGAAAGAUCUGAUGAAUUUACAACAAACGGAGGAUAAAUACAGUGCACUACGUGUUUUAGAUGAAGUGCCUGUUGGAAUUUUUAAUAAAACUGACGCCGAGUCUGUUGAUACAUUUGCUGCCGAUGAUUUUGGUGAUUUUGUUUGUGCCGAGCAACCGACAAGUGUCCCAUCAUCGAUCGUUGAACCUUUUUCCACCGAGACAAAUGUUGAUUUAUUCUCUGAAUUUGAUUUCAAAGGUGACGAUUUUCUUAUUUCUGGAAAUAAAACAGAAACUUCAUUGGUUCAAGAAAUUUCUGAUGCAUUUGAUGCAUUGGGAUUUGAGGAAUUCCGGGAACAACCACCAAUUGAAGGUAAAUUCGAUGUUGAGAAAGCAGUUCCUAAAGAAGAUUGUCUCUCAGUCAAUAGUAUAGAAUUAGGAAAUAAUGCAACAGGAGUUCUCACUCGUUCCGGAUCCGUUCCAAGUCUCGAUCUUAAAUCUUUCUUUACUCCAAAUCACGAUGACGAGAGCGCAAUAGAAAAUAUGCAACAGAUGAUUUAUUGGGAGUGGAAGCAUUACAUGGAAAGUUGUGUUCUUCUAUUACAAGUUGCAGCAAAUAUAUUCUCAAAUAUCUCGUCAGAAGCAGUUUUACGAGAAGUUCUUGCUUCCGCACAAGGAUACAAUUUUCUGUGCAAUUUAGCGGAAGUUGCUGCAGUUUGUCGACGAGUUAAUUUCUCGCACAAAGAAAUGGACAUUAAUAUUAUGGGUUUUGAUGAUUUGCUGAUGGAUAUCGAUCGAAUUUGGGCCGAAAUGGAGCCAUUCUACACAAACAUACCGAUUGUGACAGAAUUACCAGUGUGGCCAUUACAUCAAAAUGAUAAUGUAACGUGCGCACUUUGCUUAACAGUCAUAACGAGUGGCAAAGUGUCUCAUAAUGAGAGCAAUUAUCACGUGACGUGCGCAAAUUUAUGGUUGAAUUGCGUAAACAGCAAUCUUCCUGUUCUACGAAAUCCCACAAUUCAAUCUCACUUUGCAAUUACAAAUAGCAUAAAUCAGAUAUAAAACAAACAAAAAAUUAUAUAUUACAUUUCAGUCAUUCUAUUUAUAUUAAUAAUAAUUAAUUAAUUAUUAUUGUUAAGUUUCUUGUUUAAAAGUCAUUUUUUAAUUUCUUUUUAGAUUUGAAAAUCCCCGAUGGAGAGAAAAAUAACCUCAGAAAUGAAACUGUGAUCCUACAACAUGAAAUUAUUUAUUUAAAACGAAAUUUCUUUUUUCCCCUGUUAAUAAUCGAUUUAAUUUUCUUAAUUUAAUCUCAAUAUUAAAAAAGAAUAAUUAAGAAUCUCAUUUUUUCUCUAUUGAAUUUUUUUCACUUAGAGGUAGUUUUAGGGUAGAAAAAUGUCUUCUAAAUGUUAUUGAUUAGGAAGAAAUUCUUGAAAUAUUGUUAAUUGUUUUAAAUUGAAAAUUUUUAGCUAUAAACAUUUGAAAUGUUACUAUAUGUAUUGUCCGUCCGUUUUCGAAUAUUUUGAGUAUCUCACUUUAUUUGUAGAAUAUAUUCAAAGUGAUUUAUUUGAAAUAAAAAUAUUUUAAAUCCAAA